AUGGGCCUGCCACAGGACUCUUUCGUCGCUCCCUCAAUCGAAGUUGAGUCGCAUCUCACCAAGCGACGUCGCUUCGCACCAAAUACCCUUCCUCCUGUCAUCCCCGUCUCCGAUAACACAGAUAUAGAGCAUCAUACCUUUGAUUCGCCUUUGAUCUUGCAGCUAUGCGAACAAGCUCCUGACCAGGCAGAGAUCGAAGCGGGUCUGCUCCAGGUGGGCAUGCGAGUCAGGAAAGCCGUUGCGGAAGGAUACAAAAAUCAGCCAAAGAAGUUCACUCCUCGACCCUUCUUUGACGUCAAUAAGUUGUCGCCAGAGACUCAGGCCGCCAUAGCCGGGGGAAAUGUCGGCGCAACGGCUGAACUGGCUCCAUUUGCUGCGUCGCAAGUCCAGCCUCUGAGCACGGCCACAUUCUGCGGUAUUAACUUGGCCUUUUUGUCGCACUGCAGCGAGGAACCCCCUAGCUCGUCCGUCUCACAUCAAUCUCUUUGGUCUUACUCCACCAGCCACAAGCGAGGUCAUGAGGUUGAAUCGGACAGCGAGGAAAGCCAGGACUGGCAGCCUCAGACACCGAACUUGCAUGCAGAUGCUGGUAUGGCCAUGCCUGUGGAUUAUUUCGCCAUCGACAUGGACACUAUGGGCGAAGUCAGCCAAAUGAGCCAUGUCAGCGAGCAAGCCAGACAACAACAAAUCCAUGGCCGAAGAAUGGCCAUGCCCAAGAGCCGCAGCCGCUUUCUGCAACCAGCUCAGUCACAAAUGGCGCCAACCUCUGCCUUUAGCGCAUUUGCGAACAUGGCCGCUGAGCAGCCGCAGCCUGAAACGGUGCCUGCUCAUUCCACCCAUAAACGCAUGAUGAGCUGUGGCAUGGAAGCUAUGGAUUUUGGUGAAGCCCCAUUUCUACAGCGACGAGAGGACGUGGAAAUGGAUUGCUCCUAG